UAUACAGACAGUCUCAGCUCUUCUCCUUCGGUUUAAGAAGAAAGCAUAAACCAAGCUCUUCUCUUCCAGUUCAACAAUGGAAGGUCUUCGAGAAUCUCAGCAUCUCUUCGUCAAUAAGAACCACGUCGAUGGUUCUGUCAAAAUAAUUCCUGGUGAAGAUGAAACAUCAGAGAGUUCAAAUCCAAAAAGAAAAGUUGAAAGCCUCUUUUGUGUCAUGAGAAAGAGAACUUGUAGGCACAAGUAUGUAAAUGAUGAUGAUGAUGAUGAUGAUGAUGAUAUGUUUCUGGAGUUAGAUAGUAAUGCACAGAUAGGUGUUGAUGGUGAAAGUGACUUCUGGUUUGAAAAUCUUGGGGAUAAUCCUUUAGAUGAGGGUUUGGUUGUAGACGAAUGCUGCUGUGGCAGUGACACAGACCUAUCUGAAUGUUCUGAAUUUGAUGUUAUAUCAGAACAUGUUCUAGACGACAGUGAUUUGUUCACCGGAUGGAAAUUUCUGUCUGUAUGGUCUGAUGAGGAUGAGGGAACUCUGGUUAGUAAGUGUUCUUCAGAAACUUUGAAUUCUAUCUUGUUGUUAUCUCCUGAUGAGAAUGGUGCAAGGUUUAGUCAUAGCAAUGACACCUCUCUCUUCCAUUCUGAACGGAAAGAAGAUCAUAUAUUAUGUGUCCCUGGGGAUUGUGAUGAUAUUUUGGAGUGCUGUGUCAGCAAAGAAGAUCCAGUAGUCCCAUGCAGUUCUGAUAUCUUCGAGAAUGAUGGCGAUAAUUCAGCUGCAAAUGAGUUUAGUUGUGGAGAUGUCAUCAACAUGCAGGGGUCUAUGGAGCUAAUGUGCAUUGAUGAUGAUGAGCUUAUGCCGUAUGAACCAGUACCGCUCUGCAUUGUUCCUCCUAAUGGUUGGGAAAGCAAUUUGCCAGAAACCUGUUCACUUCAUCAGAUUGACUGUGAGUACAACGGUCAUGAUGAUAAUAUUGGUCUUGAAGUCUCUCCAUUACCUUUAACAAAAACUCUUGAAAGACCUAGUAGGCCCUGGUCAGUUUGUGGCUCUAUAGCUGCAGUCAGAAACUUGCCUCUAAUGGAAGAUAGCUCAGAUGCCUGUAGAUCUUUGGGUGAACAGUUAGAUGUAAAUGUUAAUAGCUCUGAGGACAAGUACGCAGAACUUGCUCAAACCCCAUCAACUCUAUAUCAGGAAGAAGUGGAUGGUGAAGAUGAGAUUGACAUUGAUGCAAUGAUUCACAAACUGAAUCUAGUCCCAGAUGAUUCAGAUUCAUGCUUCAACAGGGAAGAAUGGAACACGUCUAAGCACCCAAGACAUGCAUUAAUUGGAUUGGAACAGUGCACAAGAACUUCAUUGCGGAGAGCAAUUAUGUUUCAUGGGGCAAUUGCUGUCCUGCAUUGUCGUCAUUCAAAGCAUUUUGUCAGAAAACACGAGGUGAUUAUUGGGAGAUCAUCUGAUGGCUUGAAUGUUGACAUUGACUUGGGUAAAUAUAAUUAUAGGAGCAAGAUAUCUCGGCGUCAGGCAUUGGUUAAGCUAGAGAACAACGGAUCAUUCUCUCUAAAGAACCUUGGAAAGCAACAUAUCCUUGUAAAUGGAGAAAAAAUCGAUCCAGGACAGAUUGUAACCCUCACAUCGUGUAGUUCAAUUGAUAUCAGAGGAAUAACAUUUAUGUUCAAAGUUAACGAAGAAGCAGUGAGACAGUUCUUGAAGACCAACACAAGGAGAAAGAGUGAGGAUGACACCAAAUUCAGAUGGUGCGGAUAGAUUCUGACAUUCUGUUAAUACCUUCUGCUCUACCAUUCUCUGCAUAGUCUUAAUUAUUUAUAAAUCCCACCUGGCUUAGUAUCAGGAGUUUAGUCGAGUGAUCCCAUCGUAUCAGUGUUAAUGCCUUGAAGAUUUAAACUAUUGUAUAGAGUUCCCUAAGUUCUUCAAAUUAACAUUUCAUUACAUUUUGACCAAAUCUCUAUCAGAAAGAUCUGUUCUGUACC